GCUACACGUGUGGCCAGGAGGGCCACUUCGCGAGGGACUGUCCACAAAGGGCGGGAAUGACGGGGAAUAAUAGUAAUAAUAAUAUUAAUAAUAAUAAUAAUCAUGGCGGUAACAGCAAUGGAUACUAUAGACCAAGUGGCCUAUCCUGGCAGCAGAAGAAGGAUUUUGAAGACAUCGGGUGGAUGAGAGAGCUCUGCUCGGAUCUGGCAAGGGAGAGAAAGGAGAAGGAAGAGCGAGAGAAGGAACAGGAACGUUUGAAGGAGGAAGCGGAGAGACGUAGAAGGGAAGAGGAGCUCCAUCUUCAGCAUAAGAACGAGAUUGAGAGGCAUGCGGAGAUCCGCGACGCACGCCUCAUGUCUGCCAUGACGUCCCAGUUGAAGUCUCUGCACGACAAGCUCGUGGGACAGAUGGAUGAAGUGCGAUCCAAAGUGAAGUCCGGAGACAAGCAACGUGAGGACAUCGGAAGGAUGCGGGAGGAGGUGCUCGAACUUGAGCGGGAGAUGGCUAAGGAAGACCCCGACAAGGAGAGAGAUGAACUCAAGAAGAAGCUGACGGAGCUUCGAAAACUCAAGGAAGAACGUGAUCUGGCUCGGCAAAAGAGGAGGAUAAUGGAAGAAGAGAUGAGGUGGGAGAUGGAACAGACACGGCAGGAGUUAGAGUUCGAAGAGGAUCUGUGUGCACCAUCUUCGUCUACAAGGCCUCCUAGGAAGCGAAGAAUUGAGACUCCGGUUACUCCUUCUUGACCUCGCCGCGCUAAGCAUCCGCACUC